GAUCAGGUUUAUUUUUCUGAUCAGUUUUAUUUUUCUGAUCAGGUUUUAUUUUUCUGAUCAGUUUUAUUUUAAUGCAACAUCUGAGGAAAUCCAGUGAAGUUCAGCUGUUUCCUGCUCGCUCUGCAGAGGGUUGGAGUUUAGCUGAUUUCAGCUGAAAGUCUAUGGAUGUUCCGUCACAUCCUCAACAGCAUACCUCCUCCUCCUCCUCUUCCUCCUCCUCCUCUUCCUCCUCCUCCUCCUCCUCCUCCUCUCAGUGUCCUGUUCUAUCCAGAUCCAGCGACGGAGCAUCGAUUUUUCUCCCGACCGUCAGAAUUCAGUUCUGAAACAUAAGCCGUGUGGCGGAGCUGGGUUUGUGGUCAGAGCUGAAGGACAGAAGGGGAGGAGUCAGGGGUCAGAGGUCAGAGGUCAGGGGUCAGAUCAUAAAUGCUCCACAGUUCGUUCCUGACUCUGAACUUCGAGGUGGUUUUGUUCCCGUACUGACGUUUCCUGCCAGAUGGGCCUGAACGACAGCAGCCCCGGCGCCAUGCGGAACGGCCGCGGCCUGUCGGACCAGUGGGCGGAGUCGGUGGUGGUGCGGCCCCGGACCACCGAGCGCCACAUCACGGUGCACAAGCGCCUGGUGCUGGGCUUCGCCCUGUCCAUCAUCACCCUGAUUAUUGUGACGGUGGUGGCCGUGGUCCUCAGCCUGCGCUUCGACGGCUGCGGCGGACCCGAUCGGAAAGGGCCCGCCGGCGGGGACGUGGGCUCCAGGGGGUCCGGGAAGCUGAGCGGGAACAGAGGGGACAAGACCGGGGAGAGGGGGGACGAGGAGGCGGUCCAGCCCUGGAGGAACUCAAGGCUUCCUGGUUCGGUGAGGCCGCGGCACUACGACCUGCGACUCGCCGUCUACAUGGACAACUUCACCUUCUCCGGAGAGGUCAGCGUGGAGGUGGAGUGCGUCAACGCCACGCGCUUCAUCGUGCUGCACGCAGACCACCUCGAGGUGGACCGGGUGUCCGUCACGGCCGAGAGCGGCGCCGGCYGCCGCCCCGCCAACAGGCCUGGGGGCGGAGUCAUGCGCAUCCACCGCCACUUCCCGUACCCGGCCAACCAGAUGUACGUGGUGGUCCUGCACCGGGAGCUGAAGCCCAUGAGGGUGUACCGCCUGAACGUCAGCUUCGACGCCGCCAUCGAGGACGAGCUGCUGGGCUUCUUCAGGAGCUCCUACACACUGCACCGAGAGAGACGGUAUCUGGCGGUGACUCAGUUCAGUCCGAUCCAUGCCCGGAAGGCCUUCCCCUGCUUCGACGAGCCGGUCUACAAGGCCACGUUCUCCCUGAGCCUCCGCCACGACCUGCAGUACACGUCUCUGUCCAACAUGCCCGUGGAGGCCAGCUCGCUGUCGGACGAGGACGGCUGGGUGACGAACCGCUUCGCCCGCACGCCGCGCAUGUCCACGUACUACCUGGCCUGGGCCGUCUGCAACUUCACCUACAGGGAGACGGAGACGGACAGCGGUGUCACGAUCCGCCUGUACGCCCGGCCCGACGCCAUAUCGAGCGGCGCGGGGGACUACGCUCUUCACAUCACCAAGAGGCUGCUGGGAUUUUACCAGGACUACUUCAAAGUCCAGUACUCACUGCCCAAGCUAGACUUGCUGGCGGUGCCCAAACAUCCCUACGCUGCCAUGGAGAACUGGGGUCUGAACGUCUUCGUGGAGCAGAAGGUCCUGCUGGACGUGGAGGUCUCCUCCUCCUCCUACAAGAUGGAGCUCACCAUGGUGGUGGUCCACGAGAUCUGCCACCAGUGGUUCGGGGACCUGGUGACUCCGGUCUGGUGGGAGGACGUCUGGUUAAAGGAAGGCUUCGCUCAUUUCUUCGAGUACGUCGGCACCGACUUCCUGUUCCCCAAGUGGAACAUGGAGAAGCAGAGGUUCCUCACUGAUGUUCUCCAUGAGGUGAUGCUGCUGGACGGCCUGAGCUCCUCUCAUCCCAUCUCCCAGGAGGUCCAGCAGGCCACCGACAUAGACCGGGUCUUCGACUGGAUCGCCUACAAGAAGGGGGCGGCGCUGAUCCGAAUGCUGGCCAACGUGAUGGGCCAGCCGCUGUUCCAGAAAGGCCUCAAUGAUUAUCUGCUGAGUCACAUGUACAGCAACGCAGCCAGAGACGACCUGUGGAGCAAGCUGUCCCAGGCCAUGCGUUCAGAGGGGCGGGACAUCGACAUCGGGGACAUGAUGGACAGGUGGACGCUGCAGAUGGGGUACCCCGUCGUCACCAUCAGCAAGAACCAAUCAGAGCAGCUGCCCACUCAUUACAUCACCGUCAUCCAGGAGCACUUCCUGUACGGAGAGGAAGUCAGGAAGAACACCAGCUUACAGUGGCAGGUUCCACUCACAGUCGCUGUGGGCAACACUUCCUCCGUUUGCUUGGAGAGCCUCAUCUGGAUCAACAACCGCACAGAAACCCACCGGAUUGGUCAGAUGGAUGACAACACCUGGUUGCUCGGCAACGUUAACCAAACAGGUUACUUCCGGGUGAACUACGACCUCCACAACUGGAAACUGCUGAUUCAGCAGCUGCACGCCAACCCUCAGAUCAUCUCUGUUGGAAACAGAGCAGGACUUAUUGAUGAUGCCUUCAACCUGGCCAGGGCCGGGUACCUCCCACAGGGCGUUCCCUUGCAGCUGAUUGGCUACCUGCCAGAGGAGCCGUCCUUCCUGCCGUGGCACGCUGCCAGCAGAGUUCUGUACCAGCUGGACAAACUGCUGGACCGCACCGACGAGUACCGCCUGUUCAGUAGAGCUGCAGAGGGAGCUCAUCAUGUUGGCCUGCAGCUUUGGAAACAAACAGUGUCACCGGCAAGCCGUCGCCUACAUCUCUGACUGGAUCUCCAGCAACAAGAACAGGAUUCCUCCCAACAUCCGGGACAUCGUGUACUGCACCGGGGUCAGCCUGAUGGACGAGGACGUGUGGGAGUUCAUCUGGAUGAAGUUCCACUCCAGCAGCGCCGUGUCGGAGAAGAAGAUCCUGCUGGAGGCUCUGACCUGCUCCGACAACACCUUCCUGCUCAACAGGUUACUGAACCUGUCUCUAACCACGGACCUGGUUCCAGAGCAGGACGUGAUCGACGUCAUCAUCCAUGUGGGCAGAAACCCUCAGGGUCGGAACCUGGCCUGGAAGUACUUCAGAGAGAAGUGGGACGUCCUGAACGCUCGAUACGGUGAAGCUCUGUUCAUGAAUUCAAAACUCAUCGGCGGGGUCACGGAGUUCCUCAACACCGAGAGAGAACUUAAUGAGCUAAAGGAGUUCAUCGAGUCCAGCGGCGUUGGGGCGGGGCCUGCGCUGCCGCGAGCGCUGGAGAUCGUUGAAGGCAACGUGCGCUGGCACCGCCUCCACCGGCGGCCGUUCUACCAGUGGCUACGCAAACCUCCGAGCUCCACCUUCGGCUGACGCUCCGCCUCCUCGCCGGAGUGCAGCGGCUGCUAACUGUCUGCUAAGAUAACGCGCCGCUAGCUAACAGGGACGGUCGGAACAGGAAGCAGCAGAAAACUGGCUCGUCUGGUUCAUCAGACGGUUUCUGAACUGGUUUUGUUUUKAAAAGAAAAGUCACGUUUUCUCUGCUGAUGGGUUUUUAUUCCCUCGACACCGGGAGGUUCUGGUUCAACUCGCCUGUUUGGAGCUAAAGAGCUGAUUUAUUCAUGAAUAUUUUAGCUUCAAUCAUCCCCAGUCUUUGUUAACAUAAAACCACCGUUAGAUUAAACUCCACAGUUUAAACCCUGAUUAUAAAUGAGUUUUAUCUCUGAACUCAGUUUAUUUAAUGUAGAUUUAUAACAGCUGGUUGAGCCGUACGGGACAUCUUCUAAUGUUGGUUCCAGUUUCUGUUUUUCAUCUGGUUUUUAGUUUGGGAACAGAACCAGUCUGUUUGGAUCUUUUUCAAACAGAACCACCAACUUCCUUCAUCCUGAGUGUAAAACACGUGGGACCGGUCCAAACCAAGGCCCAGUCUACACUAUAAACUGAAUUAUUUAUUGGUGCGUUUGCACCUUUAGUUUACUUUGCACAUGCUCACUAUUUUGUGCCCUUAAAACCAAAACGUUUUCAGUUUUUAAUUAUAUUGUUUGUGUGGACGUCUUAGUAAAGAUGGACGUUUAUUUCAGGAUUGUUGUUGGAAUGUGUGAAAAUAUACAAAAUACUGAAGAAAAAUACCUGGAGUAGUGUAGAUUGUUUCUACUUUGACAGGAAAUUAAAUUAUUAACUUAAUGUUCAAAUUA